GAUCAAAACACAUUCUCCAAUAAAAGUCAGCAGAAGUAAAGAUCAGUCCCGACUCCGGACCUGUUUCUUCAUCCACUCUCCCAACAAACAUCAAUGGCGAUCCGCAAAACCCCAAAGAGCAAGCAAAAACCCAGAUCUGGAAUCCUCAUACUCACAGUCUCCAUUGCAGUAAUUGCUUUCUUGUGCCUUAUUUCUUCUCUCAAUUCUACAAAUGGGUUCUCAUUUUCCUCUACAAAAAACUCAGAUAACUUGUACUAUCACAGACCUUACAAUAGCUCUGAAAAGUACUUGUUCUGGGGUAAUAGAAUCGACUGUCCUGGAAAGCAUUGCCAGUCCUGUGAGGGUUUGGGUCAUCAAGAGUCCAGCCUCAGGUGUGCCCUUGAAGAAGCCAUGUUUCUUCAGAGAACUUUUGUGAUGCCUUCUAGGAUGUGUAUUAGUCCAAUACAUAACAAGAAAGGAAUUCUUUAUCAGUCAGACAAUGCAACUUCACAGGAAAGGUGGGCGGCUAACUCCUGUGCCAUGGAUUCUUUGUAUGAUCUGGAACUCAUCUCCAACACUGUUCCUGUAAUAUUAGACAAUUCUGAAGCAUGGCAUCAGGCCCUGUCAACAAGUAUGAUGCUGGGGAGCAGAGGGAUUGCUCACGUACAAGGAGUUAGUCGGGCUGAUCUCAAAGAGAAAAGUCGAUACUCAAACAUCUUGCUCAUUAAUCAAACUGCUAGUCCUCUUUCAUGGUUUAUGGAGUGCAAGGAUCGAAACAACCGCAGUGCUGUAAUGUUGUCAUAUUCAUUUCUUCCGUCAAUGGCUGCGAAGAAACUACGAGAUGCCGCAGAAAAGAUUAAGGCGCUUCUUGGCGAUUACGAUGCUAUUCAUGUUCGUCGAGGUGAUAAAUUAAAAACUAGGAAGGACAGCUUUGGCAUUGAUAAGGCCUUGCAUCCCCAUCUUGACCGGGACACUCGUCCAGAAUUCAUUCUUUGUAGAAUUUCAAAAUGGGUUCCACCAGGACGAACACUUUUCAUUGCUUCAAAUGAGAGGACACCGGGUUUCUUUUCGCCUCUUGGUAUCAGGUAUAAGUUGGCAUAUUCAUCAAAUUACAGCAGUAUAUUGGAUCGGUUCAUUGAGAACAAUUACCAGUUGUUCAUGAUAGAAAGGCUUAUCAUAAUGGGAGCCAAAACAAUCAUAAAAACAUUCAAGCAAGAAGAGACAGAUCUAAGCCUUACUGACGAUCCAAAGAAAAAUACGAAGUCAUGGCAAAUUCCUGUUUAUACAAUGGAUGGGGAGGGGUGCUGAUCGUGCCUCACUAAAAGGCUCCCGAGUUUUUCUAGGAUUUUUUCGCAUCACCUAGCUCAUCACGCUUGAUCAAUUUUCUUGCGCACAUGGCACUUCGAGACAUUGAACAAAUAAGAAGUGCUUUGAAAGCUCUGCAUAGAUUUGGAGAUCAUGAGGAAUAUGUGGAGAGGUGACUGGUUUGCUGAUAGUGUAAGGUGUGGAGUGAACUACAGUAUGGAAUAUUAUUUGAUUGUAUAUAUAUAUACAGGGAGUUUGAGCAGCCCAAUUGUUCUGAUUUUUUAGGCUAUAUAUAUGCAUCAAGUUUUGGUUGGGUUGUCAAUUAAUCUUCUUGGUUAUUCCCACGAGAUGAAAACGCAGUUCAGGAAGGAUUUUUUGUGUGGCUUAUUGGUUGUGGCAGGCCUGCAGCUGCCAUUUGUUUUGGAGGCUGGUGAUAUCAUUGAUGAGCAAUCUUUUGAUCAAUAGUUUCCUUUUUUUUGUUAUAUUAAGAAUUGGAUAUUGUUUUUGCAUAGAUUUGUUUGAUUCUAGUGUGUAUUUUUACUACUUUUAGUAUAGAGAACCUGGAUUUACUAAUUGCAAUGAUGAGGAUCUUUGAUCUUUGAUCUUUGAUCUUUGAU